AUGAAUAAAAGGUAUAAGCAGAAGGAGAUUAAGCUGCUUUUACCGAAGAAUAAAGUAACUUUGGCAGGAUUAGUUGAAACAAGAGUUAAAGACAAAAAUGUGAACUCAAUUCUCAAAGGGGUAGCACCAGGGUGGCAGGUACUACAUAACUAUUCUGAUAGUCCUAAUGGAAGAAUUUGGUUGAUAUGGGAUGAUAACUGGUAUGAGAUCAAGAUGAUUAAUAGCUCAGCUCAAAUGCUGCAUUGUCAGGUUAAUGAAAAAAGUAAAGGCUAUCAGUUUAUAUUGACUGUAGUGUAUGGCUUUAAUACAGUUGAACAGAGGAAAAGUCUGUGGCAAGAAAUGAAUGCAAUGUCAAAAGGAAAAGAGUUGCUGAUUAAACUUGAAAAAUGGUCAAUGAUAGAAGAAAGUGCUUUGAGGCAGAAGUCAAGGAUAAGAUGGAUACAAUUAGGGGAUGCAAAUAAUAAUUUUUUCAGCUCAGUGAUAAAGGAGAGAACUCAAAAGAAACAAAUAAGAAGUAUUAUGUCUUUGAAGGGUAAGAUGCUGUAUGAUCCACAGGAAAUUCAAGAUGGGUUUGUGAUGUUUUAUAAGAGUCUUAUGGGAACUUCAGCAGGCAAGCUACCUGCCAUUAAUGAUCAGGUGAUGAAAAGAGGGCCUACCUUGACAAAGCAGCAGAGAUUACAAUUGUGUACUGCAGUAACUGAACAAGAGAUUUAUGAUGGUUUGAAAUCCAUAGGGAAUGAUAAGGCUCCAGGCUUUCCAGAGAUGUUUGUGCAAUGGGUAAUGAUAUGUGUCAAAACAGUGAACUACUCCAUAGUAGUUAAUGGACAGAUUUCUCAAAGCUUUGAAGCAGCUAAAGGAUUGAGACAAGGAGAUCCAACGUCUCCUUUCUUGUUUGCUAUAGCUAUGGAGUAUAUCAGUAGGCUUCUUAAGGGGCUUAAAGAUGAUAAACAGUUCAAAUAUCAUCCUAGGUGCUGUAAACUUGAUAUCACUCACUUAUGUUUUGCAGAUGAUCUAUUAUUGUUUGCUAGAGGAGAUCCGGAAUCAGUUAAAGCUAUCCAACUAUGUUUCUCUCAAUUUUCUCAAGCCUCAGGGUUACAAGCUAAUCUAAAUAAAAGCUCAAUAUACUGUGGAGGGGUUCAGAAGGAAGUGAAGCAACAGAUUGUUCAACAACUAGGAUAUAACAAGGAGGAACUUCCUUUCAAAUAUUUGGGAGUGCCAUUAUCAACUAAGAAGAUGUCAGUGCUGCAAUGGUAUCCUCUCAUUGAGAAAAUAAUGGCAAGAAUUAACUCUUGGACAGCUAAGAAACUAUCUUAUGCAGGUAGAACUCAAGUUGUUCAGACAGUAUUAUUUGGUGUUCAAUCUUAUUGGGCUCAAUUAUUCAUCUUUCAGCUAAGAUAA